AUGGAGAUUAUCCAACGGCUUUAUGCGCCUCCUCCUCCGCUGGAUAUUCCGCUCAGUGUCGCCGAACAGAAUAAUCUCGCCUUAGUUAUGGCUCAUGGAACAGCUUGUGCGCGUGUUCUGAAUGGUGCGAGGCGUCGUCAACUGUCCCGUUUGUCACAAUGGUUGCAAGCUUUGGAAUCAGGAAGUUCACCGCCAGUAGAGGCACUCAUGAUUUGGCCACAAGAGUUAGCUGAUUUAUGCAAGCUGGUCUUAUCACUAGGUGCUGGAAAACUGGAUCCGAGCGUUUUACGUGCCACGGAGGAGACAUUGAGAUUGGCCUGUCAUCGUCUGUCGGACGGUGCGGAGCUGCCACCGAUUUCGUUGUGUUCUGAUGAGCACUAUGUGAAAACAGCUUUAGAAAAAAUGAACAUUGGCACUCCAGACGCUUCGUGUGGCAAAACAGGGAUUCAUUUGCGACGUGUAUGUAGUCAACUGGAGGAAUAUCGAUCCGGUACGAUUUCUGGACUGGUUCCAACCAAGCGGCGUUUGAGCAGUCCGAAUGCAGUGUGCACAGACAUUCAUGCCAAAUUGCGCAUUCAAUCGUCGUCGAUUGAUGGUGCAUGGGCGCAUGGUGAGCCUCGAGUCGUUCUGACGGAGGAGGCGUCGUUAAAACUGUCAGAAGAUAAUUUAGAUGAUUGCGCAGAUGAUGUCUACAAUUCCCAUCAACCGGAACGAGAUUUGAAAGUUGUUUUAACUAAGUUAGAUUUUGAAACAGAAGAUUGUCAACGUUCUGCCGAAGGCCCCCAGGUUCCAAAAGAAACCACUUCGACUUCCACCACUGUCGAAGAUGAAGAAAAAACACCAGAGAAUGGCGAAGAAUCACUUAGUUUCUGGCAUUAUUUAUGGUCUGGACUAGCCAGUGGCGAUCAAAAUCCCUUGCCACAUAAGGUAAUUGUUGUUCAUUUUUUCCAUCGCAGCUUUUAUUACUCAGGUCUGUAA